UCCAGACUGAAAGUCUGAGCAAAAAUCUUGUAGUUUUUAAGUGAUUUAAUUGCUGUUACGGAUUAUGUAAUUGCAGCACAUACUAUUUUUACUUUCAAAAAAUAUGUUUUCCAUUCUAAAAUUAAAUUAGGCGAGUUUGAGUUAAAAAGGUAAGUGUGAUAGAAAUCAGACCAUUGUAUUGAAACAAAUAUAAAGAUUAACAAGAGUGGCCAAAGAGGAUGUCCAGUUUUGGAAAUUUGACAUCUUUGCCUUAUGUUAAAAAAACGGUUGAAAAUACGAUACAAUUUGAUGUUGGUGUUUCAUGAUUUUUUAAUGUAAACCGAGUACAUGCACAAAGCUUAUAGUCUGGAGAAUAAAUAUCCUUAAAUUUAGUGUUUAGUCCAUAUUCCCUAUAGCUCGUAUCAUGAUAUCCAACCUGAAGGGAGUUGUGACCUAUAGGCGGCGCUAUUGCUACAGUUUUCAAUGUGGUAAUCUCUCUGAGGGAGUGUCGAGACCCAGUGUUCUCGUCCAAUACAGCUGUCAUAUACAUGCGGUUAAAGGCAGAAGAGAGAAAGAUCAUCUAUGGUACUGAAAUGCACACUAAGUGGCAGUGAUGUGUGUAUGUUGCUGAAGAGGAUUUUAUUUGAUUUUACCGUAAGCAGUGGAGUUUCAUUUACCGCAUUGAUCAGCUGAUCGAGCCGCGUAUCAGCAUCGCUGAUCAUAGGAAAAUAUCUUCUUUCGAACUUUGUGACACCACACAUUUUCCUGCUUCAAUGGAGGACUUACUCCACCACAGCAACACAUCGAUGCCUGAUUUCACACGAUUGUCCCAUCUGCCCACUGACACAUAGUCUGGGUGUUUGUUCAGUAGAGUAAGCUGUCUGGAUCUCCAUCCUUGUUCUUCCUGGAUCGUGAAUACAGACAGACACAGCACCUCAGUUUGCUUAGCUCCACCCUCAUCACAGACUGGACUGUUGAGACCUGACCAAGUAUUCUACGAGUACAGAGACCCCCAGAGCCCCUCUGGGCACAAGGGCUCAGUCACACUGUUUGACUGCUAGUCAUGAGUGAAUUCUGGUUGUGCUUCAACUGCUGUAUCGCUGAGCAGCCGCAACCGAAGAGGCGGAGACAUAUCGAUAGGAGUAUGAUUGGCGAGCCAACUAAUUUUGUGCAUACGGCCCAUGUAGGUUCUGGUGAUCUCUUCAGUGGCAUGAACUCCGUGCAUUCAGUUCAGAACCAAAUGCAGUCAAAGGGGGGGUAUGGAGGUGAGGUCACACCUGUAAAUAUGCAGAUGCAACUGAUGGACACAAAAGCAGGAUAAUAUAUCUCCUUGGCAGGGGUUCUGUCAUGUGGUAUUUCUACUCACCAUUACCCUAGUAAGAUAUUGCGAUGAGAAUGUAAUGGCAAUUUUCCACCUCAUUCUUACGCAGCAAACACUUGGACAGUUGUGCAAACAGUAAACAGGUUGUCCUACCUGUCAGACAGCAGGUACCCACAGUGCUUCAGUUUAGUCCAAUACUUCUCCAUAACACAUGCUUGCAUGUCCCUUGAAGCCUUGUAUCCUAGAAGUGCAAAGUGUGUCUCUGUUUUUUUCUGUGGUUUGUUUGCCGUAAACAGUUGCUCUUUCGUUGUGCAAAUUUGUGUGUCUGGAAUGCGUAUGAAGAGUUAUUUUGUUUUCCUAUUUUCCAUGAAAAAACUGUUUUGUAUUUAAGUAUAAUCGCCAGAGCCGACAAAAAUGUAUGUACAGUAUAAGAAGUGGCUAAAAACAGUCAUGUGGUGCCAAACUGCUCAGUGCAAUGGAACGACAAGAAGUAUUUUCUGUUACAGCACAGGGACAAUUAAUGCCUUUUUAAGAAUGUGUGAUGUUUACAUUGUUGCAAUUUGCUUCCCUUUUGUUGUUCUGUUUUGGUGGUUUCUAUGAAUAAAAUCAAGGGGAUCUUA